UUCGCCGGAGGGAGGCGGCGAGAUCAACAUUGACGUUGUUUGUUGCCGGUUCAGGGUCUUCCAUGGUAGAUUGUCUUGUGGUGUUGGUGCUGGCGAACCUGUAGGACCCCGCGCAUGCUCGGGAUCUACACAGAUGGUGUAAGUGGUGGUGUAGGAGUGUAGUGGCAUCAUGGUUUCGAAACUGUGUUCCGAGCGUGGAUUUUGAAAUCGGGGGAAAAAAGGCAAUCAGAGGAAAAAAGAAAGAAGAGGAGUGUGAAUAACCGUUCACGCCUGUGGAUAUCAUCGCGGAGUGAGGAUAUCGGCGAGAUUGAGAUAAACAACGUUGGAUAGAGAGUGGAAAUAGGCGGUCCUGACAUGCGGAGACGCGCAGGGAGAUUCAGACCUUCGGAACCUGAAGGGGGCAUGUGUUAUCGCCUGCGCCCACUAGAUGAAUGCUGCCUCUGAAACGAGAAUGCUCCCGCAAAAGUCAGAUGGCGGGUUCGCUCUUGAUGCUGAUGAUGGUGCACAUGUCUUACCUCGGGUUCACCAGGGCAGUUAGCCCAGCGUGCAAGUGUGUGGUGUUUGACAGCAUGUACGGCAAGGCACACGGGAUCUUCACUUCCCCAAACUGGCCCGCCCCGUACGAGACCAACAUCGAUUGCCUACUCUAUAGUUUCCUAGGGGGAGAGAACGACAUCAUAGAACUUACUUUCGACGAGUUCGACGUGCAGAAGAUGAAAUUCGAGUGCCUGUACGGCGACUUUGUUCGCCUCUACCUCCACCUGAACGAGAUUGGUGUGAACGAGAGUACGCCCUGGAACGCCAUAUUGUGCGGCAAAGAAGCGGAUAUUGAACAAGUGCAUUAUUCUUCUGGAAGAUCCCUCAUCUUCGAGUUCCACUCUGACUGGAGGCACGGAGAGAACACGGGCUUCAGGGGAACCUUCAGGUUCAUCAACAAGAAAAACUUCGAAGUUGACGGAACGCUGUUGCCGGGCAGCUUGUGCGACUACGACUUCGUGAGCGGCAACCGUUCCACUUCCUCGGGUCACUUCUACUCUCCUCUCUUCCCUUCUACUUACCCAAAGAACAUUCAGUGUGCCUACAAUUUCAUCGCCCGGUUCAACGAGAGAGUCAGGAUAACCUUCGAGAAGAUCAGGCUACAGAGAGGCGACUCUAGCUGUCUCAACAGUCCAGACGUGAUCAUUGUGCACGACGGGAAGGACCGGUCAGCGCGUGUCAUCGGCCAAUUCUGCAACGCCAAUUACUACGUGGAGCUGUUGUCAUCGGGACCUGACCUGCUAGUGGAGUUCAUCAGCCGAAGCCAUUUUCCGGAGCAAGGAUUUAAGGCCACUUAUCACUUCGAGGAACACCAUCAUGCCGUAGAUGCGCCUUCAACUGAAUUGCUACAAGCCUGGCUCGCACGCUGCACCACUUCGCCUUCACCUCUGUCGCCCUCUCCCGGUGGCACGGAAGAUAUAAGCACUCCACAGAUGGCCCAGAGCGCAGACCACGGCUGCAACUACUUGUUCAGCAGCAGCGGCUCAAAGAACGGCACUCUAACGAGCCCAAACUAUCCCGACCCCUAUCCCGGCGACAUCCAGUGCACUUAUCACUUCAGCGGGGAAGGCAUCGAACGUGCUCAAGUGAUCUUCAUGGACUUUGAUCUGUACCGUCCCGAAGAGCUCUACCAUACCUGUGAAGGUGUGGAUGCCAUGACGGUGUUCAUCUCCAUCAACGGACAGCGUGACCGAGUGGACAACUUUUGUGGCAGCGAUCUCCCCAACCAGGUGAUGUCUUCGGGCCGCAACCUGACCCUCGAGUUCCGCAGUCAUGCCAGCCCCGUCAACAUGUCCGUGCGCGGAUUCAGGGCAAUCUACCAGUUUGUUACCAACUUUGGCAUUAUGACAGGAAAACAAGACAACUCUCUAGCUUGCGGGUUCAUCUUCAACAGUACCGAAGCCUCAAACGGAACCUUCACGUCGCCCAAUUGGCCAGGCAUCUAUCCGAGAGACACCGAGUGCCACUAUUUUUUCCACGGAAACCCCGGAGAGAAAGUGUUCAUCGAAUUCGCUUACUUCGACAUCGAGGGCUUGCCACCAUGCAUAGCGGACACUGCGAGUGACUAUUUGGAGUUCUCUAACUUCCACACUGUAGACCGCAAGAUUCCCCGUCAUUGCGGCAUGCAGAAGCCGGCAGCCAUUGAAUCCGAAGGAGAUUUCUUUAGGGUUACUUUCAAGACCAACGACCGAUUUGACGGCACGGGCUUCUCAGCACAGUACCAGUUCAGGAGCAGCGUCGACAUAUUCACCAUUAAAAGGUAUAGGGGAUCUUCUCCACUUCUGGGAGUGUCGCACUCAUCAAUCUUCCUCUCUCUCUUCCUUGUCUUUCUGACGGCGGGCCUGAGAAACGUUCGAUAGCGCUCGUGAGCCUAGCCCUUCGCAGUCCAAGGACCAUAAGAAGACACCGUGUUUUCAGUGACAGUGCUUGUGACAUCCUUACAGGACAGCUCGUUAAAAUACCUCUUUUGUUGGUGCGAAACGCGCGUUGAAGAAGCAGACGAAGUCGAAAUUCGUGCUGUGCAUUGCAGACGACAAAAAGAGAUAGAAUAGUCUGCUUUCAUUUCUGUGUGCGUGUUCGAUCGUCUGCACAGUGAAAUCUGCGCAAGAAAAUAGGACAAGACAUGUCACGUUGAUGUACAAACAUUUAGGUUAAAGUGACAUUCCUUAGGGAAGCGGAGUGUCCCAUUACGUGGAUUAAGCACCUGCGACGUGGAUUCGACAGUGGCGCCGCCAAUACGUGACGGCACGACGCACUUCGCGUAGCAGAUGCGUCGUCUGCUACGUUUGUCUGCAUGUGUUUCCUUGUGCGCUGACCGAACACUUUAGGGAAACAAUGGGAAACGGCACCAUUAAAAGGAUUUGCAGGACAUUCUUUGGACAUUCUCGUCGCCAUGGGCAAUAUUUUGGGCCUCUGAAAAGUGUGAACUAAAGUGAACUAAACAAUGUUGUGCAGCGCGGAUUAACGAAGCUCAUCUCAACAGUGGCACCACUAACGACAAUUUGGAAGUUGUACUGAGCACAAAGGCAAGGCUAGUGGUGUACAUAGGACGUAUAUCUGUGCGAUCCAUGUUUCUGUUGUUUGAUCCCUUCCGAGGGCUAUCGUUACGACUAAUUUUUUCUUUAUGCUGUCUGUUACAGUAGCUACUUAGCUGAAACGACGUAUUACGAUGUUUAAUGUUUUUUGUAAAUUUACCCCAGAACUUCAUUAGUACGUGGCAGUUACCAAGGUGGAAACAUAGGUGCUAUAGUGUUCUGAACUAAAUAGCUGUGAAACUUCUGCAACAUGUUUCUUCAAGAGGAAAAACUUAGUAGCGUAAUUGUUACAGAAAUGUUCGGGGGUAAUUUCGAGUAUUUCUUGUGGCCCAGCAUGUUUAAUUUCAAAAUUUUGAAAGUACGUGCGACUUCCAGUUUUAUAAUACAAAAUGGCCAAUCUGUGGUAUGCUUGAGAGGUUUCAAGAUUAGCAUUAUUUACAGCGUCCUCUGUAUAUGGCCACAUUAAUGAUAAUAACGCACUGAACUUCAACGAGAACAUUUUUUUUAAAACAAAAUUUAGCCCUUUGCUAAAUUGUUCAAUAAACAUUAGUGGAGAGGAGGAGCGCAUACCUGACAUCCUUUCGAUUAAGCAAAUAACAAAUACCGUGUAUUCCACGUUCACAAUCCGUUAAAGGUGGUGUCAGCGAGGGAUCCGUAAUUAUAAAGUAUUGUGAUGUCCACUUCGAGAUGCCUUCAAAGAAAAAAACCUCAAAAAAACAAGCAAAAUUCGUUCGUUUCUUUUUGUUUUUUCCAUGAAACAUCGAAUUCGAAACCAGCUGCCAGCUUCCAGCUCCCCUGCUUCGCCACUUCCUGUGCCGUAAUUGGCAUUGCCGGCGAGAUUCCCAAAUCGCACAGCUGGCGGCGUCGCCAGGCUGGUUGCGGUCCGGUACCACCGAAAGUGUGAACGCUGAUAUUUCUAGUGACUGUUCGGCAGCAGAUUGCAGAGUCGGGAGACCGCAUUUUUGUUACGGACAGCCUGCCUUCAUAGCCGACUCCAGUGACAUCAGUCCGCCCACUGUUGCCCUGAAUUCAGCCGGGAGCGCUCAGCCAGCUGCAAAAUCCGAUUAAAUUAAUUUUCUAAUGUCUCCGACUGUUUCAGAACGAAAUAUUCCGCUUACGUAUAUUUCAGGCACCCACUAUUCCGGUCGUGACACCACCUUUAAAACAUGUUAGAAACAAAAACAAAAACCUCACAAAAAAAAUUUAUCCAAUUACACGCGCGCUGCACUACGGUCCUACACUAUUCUUUAAAACUCUAUACCUUUACACAAAGGACAGCUUUAAAAAAACUGUUAUAAUAUGACAUCGUGUAGAAAACUAAGACAAGUUGUUGACGUUUUUGGACGAUAUGACUGCCAAUAAGAAACGUACUUCUUUUUUCUUUCUAAACCAUUACCACCAAGUGCCAUUUCGAACAGAACCUGCUCACCGCCAGUGAUGGUAUCAUCACCCUCAGAGAUAAACAUCAAAGCACAUUUACUAUGUAUCGGUCGAAAUAAAUGCUAUCUUAUCUGU